AUGGCGAGUACUGAUCCGGCCAUUCGACACAUCUCAAGAUGCUCAAUAAAACCAGAGUGGGUUUCAGAAGAAGAAUCAAAUCAGCCUUUCCACUUGAACCCAUGGGAACUCACCUUCCUCAACGCACGCUACAUCCAGAUGGGUCUUCUCUUUCGCAAACCUCCUUCCACAAAUACUAUUAAUACCAUCAUUGACAACCUUAAGGAUUCCCUUUCCCGCACCCUCGUCCAUUUCUUCCCCCUUGCCGGUCGUCUCGUCACACAUAAACAAGACAACCCACCUUCUUACUCAAUUUCUAUCGAUUGUAAGAACAACCAGCUGAGAGGAGGAGUGGAUUUUGUCCACGCUGUUGCAGAUCAUGUGACCAUGGCAGAUAUCCUCUCCCCCAUUCACGUACCCCCCAUUGUUCGAUCAUUCUUUCUGCAACGAGAAGCUAUCAACCAUGAUGGUCACACUUUGCCUUUGCUGGCCGUACAGGUGACAGAGUUAGUGGAUGGAAUCUUCAUCGCAUGCUCUUUCAACCAUGCGGUCGUUGAUGGCAGUUCUUUAUGGCAUUUCUUAAAUUCAUGGGCCGAGAUAUGCAGAUUUAAUCAAGAUCAAAUCUCACGGUCACCAGUACUCACACGAAGCUGGGUCCUUGAUGGGACCCACGGCCCCGUUAUCAAUUUACCUUUCUCUCACCAGGAUGAGUUCAUUUUUAGAAAAAGCCUGUCACCUGCUAUGACGCUGCUACAAGACAGAUUCUUCCAUUUCUCACCACAAUCCAUUGCGAGGCUCAAAGCUAAGGCCAACGCCGAGUGCAACACUACUAGCAGCACCACCAUAUCCUCCUUCCAGGCCGUAUCUGCAUUUGUCUGGCGGUGUAUGACAAGGGUACGCUGCCGUCAUCUACCCAACCACCAAAAAACGAGUUGCAGGUUUAGCACCAAUAAUAGAUCAAGACUGAACCCACCAUUAUCUCCGGACUACUUUGGAAGCUGCGUUCAGGCUGUGAUCGCAAACACGACUGUUGGAGAACUGCUCAGCCAUGGGAUUGGGUGGGGAGGAUGGCUAUUGCACGAAGCUGUGAAUGGUCAUACUGACAGUAAAGUGCGAGAGUCGGUGGAGGUGUGGAUGAAGAGUCCUUCCAUUAACCUGAUUGGCAAUAUUUUCGAUCCUUGCGGUAUCAUCAUUGGGUGCUCACCCAGAUUCGACAUGUAUGGAUGCGACUUUGGAUGGGGAAAGGCAGAAGCUAUUCGAAGCGGGAUUGACAACAAACGCGAUGGGAAAGUAUUUUCAUACCCAGGGCGACAAGGAGGAGGAAGUGUGGACUUCGAAGUAACCCUUUUGCCAGAGUCUAUGAGUGCCCUAGAAUCCGACCCGGAGUUUAUGGAUGCGGUGUCACCUUCCCAGUAACAC